GCUAAGCGCUGCUAAGCGUGACUUUUUCACGAUAUUUAUCUGGUUUUAUGGCAGACGGUGGAUCUACGAGCAACACGGGCGCGUCCUCGACGCCAUCAGGCACUCCUGGACCGUCCGUACCAAAAGCCAUAGGCAGUUUGGCCAAAAAGCCUUCCGAUGUGACCAGACAAGGAUCACAGAGGCUCAAGUUCGUGCCCACACUACCAUCACGAAGAAAGAAAGAGGAAGUUAAACAGGAAGCCCCUCCACCAACCAUCCCUAGUGCAUCUACCGAUCGAGGGCGCGGACGUGGGCGGGGAAGGGGCAGGGGAGGAGAAGGUCGUGGUGCCGCUCCCCGUCCACCUCCAGUAGAAAUGACUGCCAGUGGGCCAUUCGCUAUGGGACCUGCUCUUGCAGGCACCUCAGCACGGCGCAGCGCUCCUCGCUCCAAUUUUACACCCAUCGUUCCAUUGGGACCUGGAAAUGCAGCUGCUCUUGGUGCUGGUCUCUCUGGAGCUGCCGGUCCUUCGUUGAAGAGGGAGACCAACGUCCUCGUCCAGAAGGAGAUCAAAAGCGAGGUUGACGACGAUUACUACUCUGAUCCGGACGAAGGUGUCGAGAUUAUCGACAUGGAGAACGUGAGACAGAUGGACUGGAUGGCUCCAGAAAGCUUGCGCAAAGAACGUAAAGAAAAGAAGAAGAAAAAGGUCACUCAGGUGAAGAUUGAGGAUCCAUCGUCACCUUUAGGUAUAACGAACAAAGAUGAGGCUGUGGACAUCGAGGAAGUGGAUUUGGCUAAUGCCCUUGACCUUAGCGAGAGCGAGGAAGAGGAAGAACUCGAGGACCUCAUAGAUGAUUUCGCGCUCCAGGGUGAAGCGGAACAGGACGCAGACAUACGACAAGAGCGUCUCUACUUCUUCCAGUUCCCUGAGCCGUUCCCAACAUUUGUUCCCAAUAUCCCGUCGACCAGUCCGACGACAAUGAGUGUUGAUGAGCCCCCGUCAGAUAGCCGUCCACGUAAAGUGUCUUUCGCAGCAGACGUAAAGCCACCAGGUCCUGACGUAGAUCCAGCGGGCGCAUCCACAGGACCAGAGGCAGAACAAACGAAAGAACUACCAACAAUUGAUGGUGUCAUCGGGCAGCUCGAAGUGUAUCGCAGCGGGGCCGUCAAAAUGCGCCUGAGUAAUGGCAUCCUCAUGGAUGUAACUGGCGCAACUCAGCCAUCGUUUUUGCAGCAAGCUGUCCACUUGGAUCUGCAAAACAAACGCUUGCACAUCAUGGGAGAAGUCAACAAGCGGUUUGUCGUCUCACCAGACAUAGAUACGCUCCUUCAUGCGAUGGAGUUGCGUGAUCAAGCCGAAAUUAACGCCAUGCCAAUCGAUGACACGAAUUUAAUCAAGAUGAACUAGCUUGUAAAAAUCAAGUACUGUAGAAAAAAAAUGUGCAGAAGACAACGAACAGCGAAAACGUGUGUGCGACAAGAACGUGG